UCGUAAUGCCCCAUUCAUCACUACUGGAGGAGAGACUGUGAGGCAACUAUCCCUUAGCACCGUGAUGAUGAGAUUUCAUUGAAACACUAACAGUAUUAACGAGCCUCUGAGCAGUGACCCGUUGAAACUAAACGCCGCUGCUAAUGGUUGUACAGACGGGAAAGAUUUUAAUUUUAAGAUUGAGCAACGUAGCUAGCCAGCCAAUAUUUGGGAUACUUUUUAACGUUAGUAGCUACCUUUUCUGCUCGCGAUCUCUCUCCGUACUUCCUCGCUAGAUACUCCUCCCGCUGCAGCAAGCUCAGUCUGCUAGUUACACGGCGUGUAUACAUCAAGAGGGCUGGUGGAAGAUUUUACACUAAUUCAUCACGCAUUUAAUUUAAUCGGUUACUUGAAACGUUUCCGUAUUUUUCCAUCCAGCUAGCUAGCUGUACAAUGCCGACACAGUUGCGAUUCCCGAGAAGGUCAUUCCUUGGGCUUUUAUUUCUGUUCUCGCUUUCCACUUCGGCACUGUAUUUCAUCUAUUCAGCACCAGGCAUCGUGAACGAGUACCUGUUCAUGGUCCAGGCCCGGGGAAUCCAGAUCAGAGAGAACGUGAAGAACAUCGGGGCUCAGGUCCUGGAGCAGGUGGUGCGAGGAGCCUACAGCAAUGUUAAUGGCACAGAUUACGCCUAUGACUUCAACCUCAGUGAGCCGUAUGUCCAGGCAACCACCUACCUCCCCGAGGGGUUCACCUACCUACCCAGCCAGAGGUGCCCCGAACGGCUGCCCUCAAUGAAGGGCCCGGUGGAUGUGAACGUGAGUGAGAUCACUCUGGAGGAAGUGGAGAGGAGUCUUCUGGAGGGGGACCCGAGCCUGAGCACUGGGGGACACUGGAAGCCCAAAGACUGCAUUCCGCGCUGGAAGGUGGCGAUCCUGGUGCCCUUCCGAAACCGCCACGAGCACCUGCCCAUCCUCCUGCGGCACCUCGUCCCCGCACUCCAGAGGCAGCGGCUGCAGUUCGGCUUCUACGUCGUCGAGCAGGCCGGGGACGAGCCCUUCAACCGCGCCAUGCUGUUCAACGUGGGCUUCCAGGAGGCCAUGAAGGACCUGAACUGGGACUGCGUGGUCUUCCAUGAUGUCGACCACAUCCUGGAGAACGACCGCAACUACUACGGCUGCGGGGAGAUGCCCCGCCACUUCGCCGUCAAGCUCAACAAGUACUCCUACAUGCUGCCUUACAAUGAGUUCUUUGGUGGGGUCAGCGGCCUUACGGUGGAGCAGUUCAAAAGUAUAAACGGCUUCCCCAAUGCUUUUUGGGGGUGGGGGGGCGAGGACGAUGACCUCUGGAACAGGGUGCAAUUUGCGGGAUACAAGGUGAGCCGUCCGCCCGGCGACGUCGGCCGCUACAUGUCCAUCCCCCACCACCAUCGCGGCGAAGUGCAGUUCCUAGGAAGGUACUCGCUUCUCCGGCGCUCCAAAGAGAGGCAGGGCAUGGACGGGCUUAACAACCUGAAGUACACCCCUCAGGUCUCCCGUAGGCCACUCUACACAAACAUCACUGUCCCCCUGACCCGAGAGCUGGCCCCCAUCGCCGAGUACUGACCCCGAGGUCAGCAGCGGACACCCCUCCCCUCCUCCCCUUCCCCACGCAUUGGCUGAAGCACUUAAUGUGGCGGCGCCCAUGCUUCCUGUAACAGCCACCCUUCAAAAAUCUCAUCGCUGCUUUGAAAAAGAAGCUGGUCUUUUUUUUUUUAAGCGCUGUCGUAUAAGGGUACGCAUGACCUCAUCGCAUCUGUAAGAGGUCCUUAUUGCAGACCUCCCCUUUCCUGAACCUGUCUGUCUCCUGCUGCUGUGAGCGACCCCUCUCUCCAGGCCCCAAAACGGGCCCAGCCAUGUCUGCAGCAGUGUUGUUGUCAUGCCUUACACCCAUUUGCCUCGCGCCAAUUUUUUAUUUUUUUUUUGCCUUUUUCUUUUGCUCAUUCAUUUUUUUUCAUUCAUCCAUUCGUUCGUUCAUGCAUCUAUUUCUCAUGCGUUUUGCCUUCCCGUAUCGCCAUGUGAGUUUCCUCCAGGCAAAUGGAGGAAGCAGGCCAGUCCAUGUCUCGCAAUAAGCAGACGGGAAGGCGUGCACCCACUGGCAGAAACGACCGGGAAACAGCGCCCCUCCAUACCCAGCUGGGACCUCGCUGUGCGCCGGCUUCUGCUCCGCACUCUCCUCUGCACUGAAAAUUUACACUUAUGGAAGCACGGACGAGCCAAAGUCCUCGCUGGUCCUGCUAGAAACGGCAGGGCUUUUUUUCUUUUGUUUUAAUUAAUUUACCCGCACUGAAAGAGGGCCAGUAACACUGGGAGACCACUCGAAAGGGAAAGUCUGGGGGGAAAAAAAAACUAGCUCCGGUAUACACGGAGACCGCAGACUGGACCGUGACGCCCAAGUCUUCCCGACUACGCCGCCGCCCGACUGGACCGAUCACCUGUGACGCUUCUCCGAUGGUGUCAAGAAGAACUUAACCUCUUAUGCUCUGAGACUGUGUAACUACUGGUUGAGGUGGUGUGAUCCUUAGCUUGUUUGGAACUUCUUAAAUGCACUGAAGUGGGUGGCGGUAGUGGUUCCCACACGGGUACACACACAAACACUGUACACACACACCGGACUUGAGAUUUGUACUGCGCACACCUAGGUGAUCUCUGGAGGGCUGUGGAGUGCAGCCCCUCAGGUCUUGAAGGGUCUUCAGUAAUGCCUCAUUGGAUUUGUCUGCUGGCUUUUUUUAGCUGCCCAGAAAAAAAGGAGGAGCAAACUCCACCAAACAGAAACAGAACCGUUCAGAGCGCAAAUGACCUCCCCCCCCUCGACGGGGAUUCUCCCACCGCAGGUGCUCUAGUUCUAACAUUAUUAUUCUGUGAGCUCAGCCCAGCUGCCAGUUCCCAUUUUGUCUUCACACUUACUAGCGGCCUGGAAAUGCUCGUUAUCGCCACAGGAAUCAAAGUUGUAUGCAAACCUCUUUCUCCAGGCUGAGACAGCGAAACCCUGCCCCCACUUAAACAGUGGCAGCGUGGUGACAGAGACAAAUUGAUGCAUGCAAACCGCUCGGCACGGCGCACCUGUGCAAACACACGCAUCUCGCCGAUGUGAUGCGCCUUUGGCGCGGCUGCCAACUGAUUUAGCUGCCGACGGUUGGCGCUGCUAUUGUUUGCCAUCACGGCGCCACGGGCGGGCAGACCCUUGUGACCUGGGAAGGCCCCGCAUCCGUCCACCCCAAUUGUUUUCCUCUGUUUGGGAAACCAAACCAGAUCCAGCCACUUUGGAUUUUCCACACCGUUGUGGGUGGGCCGUCGACAAAGGGGUGUGCACAGUAGAUUAAGGACAAUGAGCAGGGCUUCCUGCCGAUCGAUGGCGGAGCAAAGUGUGCACUCAAGGAGAAGAUGUUGAGUCUUCUUCUUUUAGAGCUAUUUAAGAGGUCUGAACGAUUCUGGGCUCAUCUGAGAUAUCAAGACAGGUUCUAUUUUCAUCUUUAAUUGUGACUGUUAGAAGGACGAGAUGGGAACAACACUGAAGUAGAUUAAUUUAGACUACAUCACCUCAUUCUGGAUGGUACGUCUCACAGACAGACCAGUAAAUGGAUGGAGGAGGGUGGCGCUGAGAACAUUAACCACACAGGCCCCGUACCUGUUCAGCCCAGACCUUCCUCAUCUAGUAUGUAAGCGCUUUAAACAAUGGCAGGCUGUGGGAGGUGUCUGCACUUUCCCCUCCUAUGCCGGGCAUGCAAAUCGUCACUGUGAGCCGAGACCGCCCUUCAGGCCUGAACGAGCACAGCCGGAGCCGCAGCGGGCUCACACGGAGCUACGCGGGCCCCCCCUGCAUGGUGAAAAAGAAGACGCAGGUCACGGCGGGUGUCUGAGUGAAGGAUUUGCAUGUGGCGCAUCAGA